AACAAACGUAAAACCUGUAAUAGUAUACACCCACAAUGUCCGAUUAUAACUCACAGACAGUUGCUCAAUUGAAAGAAUUACUUAAGGCUAAGGGGUUAGCUACCGACGGAAAGAAGGCCGAUUUAGUGCAAAGAUUAACCGAGGCAGACGAACAAGCUCCAGCAGAAGCACCACAACAACAACAACAACAACAACAACAAGCUGAAGGUGAACCGGCUGCUGAUGCUCAAAUUGCCCCUGAACCAACUAGUACUGCCGAUGGCGAAAUCACCAGUGGCGAUGUCCCCGAAAACGAAUCUACUCUUACUGUUAUCCAACCGGUUGAAAAGGAAGAACCUAAGGUAUUAACUGCUGAAGAAAGAAAGCAAUUGGCAGUGGAAUUGUUGACUAAAAAGAUAUCGCGUGCUGAAAAGUUUGGUGACGAAGCUGGUGCUGAAGCAGCAAGAAAGGAUUUGGUUAGAGUAGAGAAGUUUGGAGUGGAAGCUGGAACUGCCUUGGCCAGAGAAAUUGGAUUGGUGGAUAAAAGUUUGGGAAGUGGUCAUAAAAGACACCACCACCAUAAAAAGGGAUUCAAAAAGGGUGGAAAUAAGAAAUUCAAACAUCGUAAACAUUAAUCAUUUUGUGUAGUAGUUAAAUUCUGUAGUAUUUCUCUGUUUGUACAUUUAGUUUAGUUAUUAGUUUAUAGAUGUAACUAUAUAUUUCAAUAACAGAUCUAAGGUCUGAAAGGUUGGCUUGACUCUUCUUCAUCGUCACUAAUGUUAAAUUCAGAUACAUCGGCAUACUGAAUAGGAUCAUUGGCUUGAGGAUCGAUAAUGAGCCCAUUAUUAUCCUUGACCCAAAUGAAAAAUACCGAGAUAACAAGCACGAAUGAAUAUGCCCAACUGCUCCAAACGAUUCCAAGAAAAACACUUGGUUGUAAUUCCAAAAUUUCAUAAUUCCAGAAUUUCAUGGCUGAAUUAUAAACAAUUUCUCGCAAUUCACUGGUUGGUGUUGGUAGUACCGGUAUAGAAUUUUGUGCAUUUUGAAGUUUUUCAACAGAGAAAUAUACCACCACGAAUACAAUCACAAUUGGAAGGCCAAGAAUAAUCCAGAUUGAAAGCCUAAAUGAUUUCACUACCCGCUCAGUGUAGUUAGAUUCAGAACCUGUUGGGGGGAAAGAAGCAAUUAGUUUUUUAGUUUUGAAAUAAUAAACUAUGGGUGCAAUACCCCAAAACAAUGCAAAUAGUAAAAUGACCAAGUUUAACGCGCCAGCAAUUAAAACUCUCAUUGAAGGAGUACUCUCAUUCACCUCAACUCCUCCGACAAUACCAUGGAAGUAUUGUGUUUUAGAUGAUGUGACAUCCAAGAACAGCAAAAGAAAAAUAACAACUAAAUUGGCAAUGAAUAACCCAAAUAUCCGUGAAAACUGCUUCUUUGGAAACAUUCUGUACUGAGGGGAUUGUCCAUCAUGGUAAUAAAUAACCCCAUAACCCAUUGUGAAUAAUAAAAAUACAAACUGGGUAUAAAUAUUGAACCAAGCGUUAACAAGUUUUGAAAAACUAAGUAGUAUUGAACCCAGUGACGAAGAAUUAAAAUGGUUUGUAAUGAAAAGGCAAAACCAUUGGAAUGCAGUCACGGUAACAAACGGACCCAAGAUAUAAAAGAUGAUACCCUUGGAAAUAAUUGAUAAUUGAUUCAUAUUCUUGAAAUCUUUACCUAUAAGCUUCAAUAUAUGAUUGAAUAAAACGGCAAAUAACACUAUUCCAAAGAGAACAACCCACUUCAAUUGAGAAUACACUUUAUACUCAUUGUAUAACAAAUUACCGUACUCAUUCUUAAAUUGAACAGGUACACGUAUAUCGGUAAUGCCUUGAUCAUGGGGUGGAGCAAUGUAAACACAAUAAAUACCAGAUUCAGGAACCACGAAAUCCACGUCAACAUGUUUCUCUUCUUCCUUAAUCUUAUGGUCUAAAGUUAUGAAAUCAUUCCAAACUUUCUCCUGGUCGAUGUUAAACCCUUCAAACGGCUCAAGUUUGAAUUUAGCAUUUUUAGUAUCAAGAAUGUCCUUGUAUAACUCUGCCUUGUUUGAAAUGUAUGAAUCAUAAUACAAUUCAGGAGAUGGAAUGUUGGUGAAAUUGUAAACAUAGGGAGCACGGAAGAUCAAUACUGGGAAUCUUAAACUGUCAAUUAUCGAUGAGUCUUUUGUAUCAAUAGUAUCAACAUAUAAAUGAAUAUGGGCCUUCAUAGAUUUUGAUUGAACCACGGGACUACAUAUGACCCCAUUCUUAAUAUCAAGGAUAGUGGGGCCGCUACCAGCAGCAAGAAUUGCUGCAAAGAAAUAACUUAGAAGUAACAAUAAUUGUUGGUACAUUUGAUAUUUGCUGGAGAAGAAAUGGUGGCAACUAAAUUUAGAACUUUUAAUCACUGAAGUGAAAUCUUUAUGGGGGGCAACAACAAUAGAAAAACUGAAGGGAUAAAAUCAGCCAAGAGUUUUUUUGCAACACGAGCCUUGUCUUUUACACGACCCACUUAUAUAUACCAAAACAGGUUAAUUCCAUUUAAGGUUUGUUUGAAAUUUGUAAAUAUAUCCGAUUUUAGUGCUUGUAAGACAUAUGGGAACUAUGCUAGCAAUUUGUUGAUAAGCUAAAAAAAGACCCUAAUAAUUGCUUAUCUGUUAAACUUGCACAAAAGCCAGUUAUCGUAAAUGACUACUAGGAUGUGCUAAUAAUAAGAACGAAAGCAUCACUUGACUUCUGUUUUGGAGUCUCGUGCAGGCAAGCCAAACACAGAUUCGCCUCCUAAGAGUUUUAUUGUUUCGAAUUUCAUUGUUCAAUUACGUAAUUGUAUGGCAGGAACAGACGCCACUAACCAUAGAACACCAACUUAAAUGUAACAUGAUUCACACUCACUCUCGCACGAAACCGUUAGCACUAUAGUCAGCAUUCAU